AUGAACUUCCCCACAGUGCAGGCCCCUAUUCAUAAAAAAUCACUGCUACUCUAUCUGGCCACCAACUCGUACGCCAUUGGCGCACUAAUCGCUCAGGAAGACGGAGGUGGUACCGAGCAGCCAAUAUACUAUAUUAGCCGCGCCUUAAAAGAUGUAGAAACUCGUUACCCAAUGGCAGAAAGAGCGUGCCUAGCCAUUGUAUACGCUUCGCAGAGGUUGUGUCACUAUUUCUUGGCAUACGAAGUGUGGCUGAUGACUAAGUCACAUGCCAUUAAAGCUCUUUUACAACAGCCGAUUCUUUCCGGCAGGAUAUCCCAGUGGUUGCUACAAUUAUCACAAUACGACUUGAGAAUGGAGACACCUAGGGCUGUGAAAAGUCAGGUUAUAGCGGAUUUAUUGGCGCAGUUUCCAGGAGAGGAAGAAUUCCCGCUGGAUGAUAAAGUUCCAGGGGAAGUAGCUAUGGUAGAGGAAGUCAGGGAACAGUGGGUAAUGAAAUUUGAUGGGUCUUCUACUACCCAUUUCGGAGGGGUGGGAGUAGUUCUGUAUCAUGAAGAAGACAAGGCAGUGGCACUGUCAUUUAAGUUGGAAUUCCCCUGUUCAAACAACACGGCGGAGUAUGAGGCCUAUCUAACUAGGCUUGCCACAGCGCUUGAAAUGGGAGUCAGACAUUUGAAAGUACUGAGAGAUUCGAACUUGGUCGUCUACCAGGCCAAAGGAAGUUUUUCCUUAAAAGAGCCCAGCCUAGCUCCAUACAGAGCAAUGGCCCAGAGAAUGGAAGAGAAAUUCUCAACCUUUGAGAUAGAACAUGCUCCGAGAAACGAAAAUCAGUUUGCGGACGCGUUAGCCGCAUUUGGUUCGCAAAUAAUCUUUAAAGGGAGUAGCACUAACAUAGAAGUCAGCAAGAGGGAAGAAUCCAUCAUUAAGGUAUUGAAGGAAAAGUUCCGAGAGGAACAGGGCGAAGGGGAUUGA